AUGGCUUCAGUGAGAGUAGCGGUCCGAGUUCGCCCGCUGAACAAAAGAGAAAAGCAGCUAUCCUCGAGGGUGAUAAUUCGUGUGAACGGCAGCACUACAUCUAUUCACAAGCCUUCACCUGUUCGAGGGGAGGAGCUGAAGAACAGAGGGAAAACCUUUUCUUUUGACUUCUCAUAUGAUUCAACUGACAGAGGAAGCCCUAUAUUUGCAUCCCAGGAGAGGAUUUUUCAUGACUUGGGGUCUGAUGUACUGAAAGCUGCAUUUGAUGGUUUCAAUGCCUGUAUGUUUGCCUAUGGCCAGACAGGCUCAGGAAAGUCUUACACCAUGAUGGGUGACACAGAAGAUAAAGGUUUAAUCCCACGCAUCUGUGAAGGCUUGUUCUGGGAGAUAUCUCAAAGAAGUAAGAGUGAUGCUGUGUCAUUCCGUACAGAGGUCAGCUAUUUAGAGAUCUAUAAUGAACGUGUGCAGGACCUUCUGAACAAGAGAACUACAGCUACAGAUGGUGGAUGCUUGAGAGUGAGAGAGCACCCCAGAGACGGGCCCUAUGUUGAGAAUCUGUCCAAGCACUUGAUAUAUAACCACAGAGACAUGGAGGACCUGAUUAUUCUCGGCAAUGCCAACCGCACCACAGCCAGCACGGGCAUGAAUGACUUAAGCAGCCGCUCCCACGCCAUCUUAACCAUCAGCUUCACACAGGCGUGGUUUGAUGCAGAGUUGCCACGUGAGACGCUGAGUAAGAUCCACCUGGUAGACCUGGCAGGCAGUGAGAGGGCUGAUGCCACACGCACCACAGGCACCAGGCUGAAGGAAGGUGCCAACAUCAACAAAUCCCUGGUCACCCUGGGCAGUGUGAUCUCAGCUUUGGCUGACCUUGGUGUAGGAGGACAGUCAACAAAUAAGAAGAAGCAGAUCUUCAUUCCUUACAGAGACUCUGUGCUGACAUGGCUACUAAAAGACAGCCUGGGUGGAAACUCUAUGACUACAAUGAUAGCGACUGUUUCUCCUGCUGAUGUGAAUUACGGGGAGACCCUGAGCACUUUGCGCUAUGCCAGCCGAGCUAAGAACAUAGUGAACUCUCCCACCGUGAAUGAAGAUGGAAGUGUGAAGGUUGUCAGAGAGCUGCAGGCAGAGGUUACCAGGCUCCGAAGGCUACUAGAAGAAACCAGUCAGGUCUCCCGUGGGGAGCUGCCUUCCUCUGUGAAAGUAGAGGAGGAGUUGCAUCACAAUGAGGAAAAGGUUCUCGCACUGACCAAGAAGUGGACCAGCAAAUGGGGUGAGACUCAGAGUAUUCUGCAGGAGGAGACUGUGGCUCUGAGGAAGGAGGGGAGUGGCGUGGUCCUGGACUGCCAGUUACCUCAUCUGAUUGGCAUUGAGAAAGAUCUACUCAGCACUGGCAUCAUCCUCUAUUAUUUGAAAGAGGGGAGAACCCUGAUUGGGAGUGACAAAGUAUCAUACAGCCAGGAUAUCGUGCAUCAUGGGCCUGGUCUCCUCGGCGAACAUUGUGUGCUCGAGAACCAUGCUGGGACCGUGACUCUGAUCCCUCAGGAUGGUGCACUGUGUUCAGUCAAUGGCUCUGUGGUCACUGGUCCUUGCCAGCUGAAUCAGGGUACCACCAUACAGCUUGGAAGAGGAGCCAUACUGAGGUUUAACCACCCAACUGAAGCUGCCCAGCUGAGAGUGAAACGCCAGAGCAGGCUGUCGUCUGCCUUCAGCUUGUCCUUGACUGACAUGUCCAAAUCUGCAGAGAAUCUGUCCGAGGUGAUGCUGCAGAAUCCAGGGAGGAUGGAAGAGAAGCUCAACCAGCAGGAGGUGGCAUGGCAUCAGGUCCAAGAAAGCCUGAACAGACGCAACUGGGACAUCAAAAGACUUCCAGAGGAAAGCAGUGGGGCUCCCCAUCAACAGAGAGCAGAGGAGAAGACGAAGGGGGCAGAGAUGGAAGAGACUGGUAAUGGUCUGAUGGAUAUGCUGGCUGCAGACACAGUGGAGUCCGCAGCGCCAAGCAGCUGUCUCACUUCUGCCACAUCAGAGAGACUCAUGACUACAGUCAUGCCUGGAAAAUGUCCUGUCCCUCACUCUACUUUUGAGUUGGAUGGAGAUGCACUACAGGGCGGAGUAAACACCAGGGAUGGCCAUGACCAGGAGAGGGACUCGUGUCAUAAAUCAAGGCCAGGGCUCAUGUCUGAGAGGCCGUGGAGAAAACGUCAGAGUGGGGCUCGAGUUGCAAGUUAUAAGACAGAAGGGGUUUGGUCAGGGGAUGCCGGCCUCCAGCAGACAAGUGUCCUGGGCCCGCGUGAUGGAUGUGGCAUGAAGCCAGAGGGGAAUGCUAACGAGAUCCAAGGUGUCGUGGCUGACUGCUACAAGAGGAGACCUGGCUCUGGUGGGAGCUCAUUAGGCCGCAUGUCCCACCUGCAGAGCAGCGGAGGAACAGGCUCCAUGUCUGUCCUCACACAGACCAGCACUUGCUCUCAGCUCGACAAAAAGCCUCUCACUAGUCGGGUGCCCUGCUGUCCACCUGAGGAAACUUCCUUUGAGGGCCAGUUCAGCUGUGGAGAGAUGAAUGAAUCUGGAGGUCUGGAGGAGUUUCCAGGAGUGUGUGUUACAGAGACCGUUGAAGCCACGGCUCAAAAUUCAGGGCUGGGCUCUUUGGUCAGCAGAGUUUCUUGGAUGGUCCAGGAUGCAGGGCGUCUCCUGUGGAGCUCUCGCACAGUAUUGCAGCAGGUCAGGGAGGAGGGACUGCAGCCUGUUGGGGCCCGCUGGUCCAGUCAUGUUGUGUCUCUGGUCAGAGAAAGUAAUGUUGUGUCAGUGGUGAAGGACAGCCAGGUCUUCUCCAUGGUUAAAGGGAGCUUCGUCUUCUCUCUGAUCAAGGAUAGUCGCAUUUUUUCCACAGUGAAAGAACUACCACUCAUACAGCAGAUUCAGAUGGAGAUAACUCAACACCAUCAGUCCGAGGAGGCAGCUCAAAUGAUUCAGGGCUGCACCACACAACUCCCAGUCCUGACACCAACCCAAAUCUUUACCAAAGCAGAAGAAUUGCCAGAUGACGACAUGCCACUAAUCCCAGAAGAUAUCUGGACCAGGAAUAAGAGUACUGGGGAUCUGCCACAAGAGCAAGACAUUACUGGUGUUCAUGUAAAACAAGGCACCAAACAGAUCACAGAGCUGUUGUCAGUGAAACACAUCAGUGAGCUGGAGGUCGCCCAUGCUUCUGAAGACAAAGAUCAGGAGAACUGGAGGGCUCUGCAAAACAAAGAGGAUGUCAAAAUCUUAAGUCAAACGUUGAUAGAAUUUCCUGAUUUGCUUUUGAACCUUCAAACUCUGCCAUUACUCGACCUGAUGGAUGCUUUACGCUCUAUUAUCUCCAUCGCAGCGAUCACCUCCCACAAGAUUGUAGCUCUCUGUUGGCUGAACGUGGCUAAAUGCAGCCAACCGGAGCCCUGUCCUGCCCUUCUGAUCCUGGCAGAGACCGGCCUCUAUACCCUGGCCGCUCACUCUGGGGACCUGGUUUUGUUCCAUCACCUCCCCUUGUUCCAGCUGAAGGAGGUGCAGAUAGGCUUAGCAGGCCACAGUUUGCGUUUGAUGGGCGCUACAGAGGAGAGCAUCCUGGGUGUCUACACCCACAGCCAGAAGCUUACCAGAGAGCUGUGCUGGGCCAUAAUUGGGUUAAUCUGCCCUGGGGACAGCAGGGUGUCUCAGCACCCGCUGCUUCAUGAAGAUUUGAUGAUGAUGUCUCUAGACUGGCAGGCUUAUGUACCUGACCUGCUGCUGGAUGCUGGUUUUAGGGUUUGCUGCCAGUUCCAGAAGAGUCUUGCUGAUCUGGUUUACCUUCUUCAUUGUAACAUGGAUCAAAAAACAGUCACUCUGGGAGAGGUACAGCUCCUACUCUACACAAGUGUAGGGGUGUGCAUCAGCCCCAGCACACACACUGAGCCUCUUGCCCAGCUUUUACUUACUGAUACCCACCUUGGCCUGGUGCAGGAGGAUGCUGUCUUUCACCCGACUCCACGCUCUGUCACCAUAGCGCCCUGCCGUCCCCUAUUCCACAACUUAACUCUUCGCCAGCGCUCAGAUGUGCGCUGCGUGCUGGUGCAUGAUGAAGACAAGCGUGGAGCUGUCAGACUGGAUGUAAUUCUAGCAAACGUGAGGGGCAGGGGUCACCCUGAAAGCGUGACUAAGGCAGCUACCCUGCCUGCACAUGCUUCAAAUUCAUCCCUGCAUGCAGAAGUGUGGAAAUUAACUUUCAGUUGCUCCGCUGAGGCCGCCUGCCUGAUUAAUCACUUGUCAAAUGUCUGAUCAAGAACUGAACAGCCAGUAAUGAACAGCCCAGCUUGAAAACUCUCACUCACAGGGAGCAAUGGCAAAAGUGCAUCCCAGACAGUUCAUAGGAAAAGCUCUACUGGUAAAUGACAGAGAAAACUAUGACUGACUUUGAAGUUUCCGUAUUGAUUCGUUCCUCUAGAAGUUUUGGUCAUUUUAAUGCUGCAUGGCUUUAGUACUUGGAUAUUUUAUCUUUAAAACAAUUUCUUUGUUCUUGCAUUGUUUUUGUUCUUCACCCGCUACACCCCCCCACCCCCAUCCCCCACCUCCAUUAUUAUUUUUGUCAGAGUUGUCUGUUUCAUUUGUAAUGUUUUAAACAAUUAAGGGCUGGAGGUUCAGCACUGAGGAUUAAAAAAUAUUUUGUAAUAUUUAUAUAGUAUUUUAGAUGUGACCAAAUUAUCGCUGUAUAUCAUGUAAGCCAUAUGUAUGUCAAGUUGUUGCCAAUUUCAAAUAUUUUAUCUAAAAAUAUCUGUUUUGAACUGAUUAUAUUUGUAAAAAUAAAAGGAAGGUGAAUCCACUGCUGCUCAGGAGUG